AUGUUGUAUGUCAGAGACAUUUUACUCCGGCUCAGGGUAUACGAGACUUUGCCCGUCAAAUUCGGCGAUCCCCUCCCCCAAGGCCCCGUCAUCUCACUCCUCGACGCCUUCUCUCCCACGGGAUUCUUCACUGCCAUGUCCCAGCACAAGAUUGACGGGCUCAACCGUCUCCUUGAUAUGCUCAAGAAGACGGAUAACUCGGUUGUCUGGUUUACGAGGCCCUGCCAGGUGUGCCCGACGGACCCCGGUUAUGCGCUCGUCCUCGGCAUAGCGCGCACAGCACGCCAGGAACUCGGGGUGCGGUUCGCAGUCCUGGAGCUCGACAAGACGGGAGACUCAACGGCGAUGAAUGCCGUGUGUCAAGUCAUGGCGCAGCAGUUGAGCUGCCCCGCUGAUGUGGACAACCCCGUGGACAGGGACAUGGAGUUCGUCUACCGCGCCGACACGGGCUCGAUCCUCAUACCGCGGAGCACCUGGAUAUCGGUGCCACAGGCCCUUUCCCACUACUCCCGGCCCAAGCAGUAUUCCGCUGGUAUGUGCCGGUCAUACAAGGCCCUCCAGAUGUCACGCCCUGGGCAUCUCCGGACCCUGUCCUACGCUCUCAAGACGCAUCCGUUGGGCAUUGAUCACACCGCCGUGGAGAUCCUUAUCCACGCCGCCGGCCUCAACUUCAAGGACGUCCUCACGGCCCUCAACGUGUCUAACGUACUAGACUCCUUCAGGCCCGUGUCGCUCGGCUGCGAAGCUGCGGGACUCGUGACGGCCGUCGGCGACGCUGUAUCGCGCGUGCGGGUCGGCGACCGCGUCAUGCUCUUCGCGCCCAAGGCCGGCUGUUACUCGACCUCGGUCCGCGUCCCCGAAGCUCUCUGCGCGCGUAUCCCGGACGAUCUGUCAUUUCCAGACGCCGCAGGGAUGCCCUGCAUCUUUGCCACCGUGCUGCGCGCGCUUGUCGACAAGGCGGGGCUCGGUCCUCCGAAGACGGUUUUAGUCCACAGCGCAGCGGGCGGUACAGGGUUGGCUGCCUUACAGGUCGCGCGGUGGCUUGGCGCAGAGGUGUAUGCCACCGUCGGGACCGAAGCCAAGGGGAGGUUUCUACGGGACAGGGAGGGCAUCGACCCGGGCCGCGUCUUCAGCUCAAGGGACGAGUCCUUCGCCGACAACCUGAUGGAGGCCACGGGCGGGCGGGGCGUCGAUAUAGUGCUCAAAUCGCUGUCGGGCGAGCUCCUACACGCCUCCUGGCGAUGCGUGGCGCCCGGCGGGACGUUUGUCGAGCUCGGCAAGCGGGACGUCGGCGCGCGCUGCAGGCUUCCCAUGGAGGCCCUAGACGGGAACCGGUCCUUUGUUGGCAUCGACAUGGCGCAGCUGGCCGUGGUUGACGGCGAAGAGUUCGGCCUCCUGUUGGAUCGCAUCGUCCGCCUUUACCAGGAGGGGGUGCUGACGCCUGUUGCGCGCUCGCGCUCGUUCCCAUGCACAGAGAUAGGCGAAGCACUUCAAUGCCUUGCCAAGGGAACGCAUAUCGGCAAGAUGGUUGUCGACUUCGUCGGCACGCACAUCGACCCCAACUCCCUAAUUCCAGUCCCGAACAAGCAGCCGGAGCCACCGGCGUUCGGUCCCGAGUGCAUCUACGUCAUCGCGGGCGGUAUCAGCGGCCUCGAUACCUCCAUCAUUCGGUGGCUAGCCGGCCAUGGCGCGCGGAACCUCGCCAUUCUCUCCUGGUCAGCCGGCUCAACCGCCCACGACGCCUCCGUUGUCGCCGAGCUACGUGGCAUGGGUUGCAAAGUCCACGUACGGACCUGCGACGUCGCGGACGAGGAUGCUGUGCGGGGAGCGUUAUCAGGCCUUUCGCGUCUCUACAGGACCAGGGGCGUCAUUCAUCUUGCCAUGGUCCUCGCCGACGUGGAGCUGUUGCGGAUGACUGCGGACGACUGGAAGGCAGCGGUGGCGCCCAAGGUGACGGGCACAUGGAACCUGCACCGCCCCUUGGCCGAAGGCGAUAGCGACGAAGACUUCUUUGUCUUGAUGAGCGGCAUGUUUGGCGUGACUGGGCGCGCGGGCCAGGCCAACUACGCGGCAGCAAACACCUUUCUCGACAGCUUCGCGCAGUACCGCCGCGGGCAGGGGAUGCCAUGUUCCGUCCCCGACAUCGGUCCCGUGGAAGACGUUGGCACCCUGGCCCGUAAGCGUGAGCUCUUUAACGCUGUGAGCCGCGCUGGAGUUUGGUUCCUCACCGAGCAAGAAGUACUGGACGGCCUCCACCUGGCAAUCGUUACGUCUUGUAGAGACGCUGGCGAGAGUCCGUCGAGUGUUGACGAUACUUCAUUCUGCUGUCCAGCCCAGGUGGGCAUAGGUUUCCUCUGCACGAUGCCGCUUGACGAUCCUCAGAACUCGGUAGUGUGGAAGCGUGACCCGCGCAUGGCCUCAUAUAGCCAUGGCGAACACGACGCCAACAGCGACUUGGCGCAGGACGGGAGCGCGUCGGCCCUUCUCAGCCAGUUCGUAUGCGACGCCAAGGACAAACCAUCUAAGCUGGAUAGUCCUGAAAGCGCGAUCUUUCUUGGUCGCGAAGUUGCUAGGCACGUGCUUGCUUUGUUAAUGCUAAUAGACAAAGACAAGGACAAGGACGAUAGCAAGAUUGAUGCUACGCUCUCUGUGUCGUUGUCUUCCUUUGCUAUAGACUCACUUAUGACUAUAGAGAUACGCAACUGGUGGCGGGCCGCCUUUAGGGUUGACGUUAACAUUUCGCAGUUAACAGGUGCUCUAAGCUUCAAGGACUUGGGGCGAUUUGCAGCCUGUCAAUUAAAGGAGAGAUUCCAUAACGUUAGUAAAGACUAA